AUGGCCUUGAAAUUCUCUCAGAUUAUGUUCGUAGCUCUCUGGCUCUCUCUCUUCUUCCUCCUCCUCCACCACUUGUACUCCUUCAACUUCCGCCGACUCUACUCUCUAGACGCGGAGAAGCCGUCGAUAUCGAAGCAUCGUCUCUACACCAUUGGAUUAGUCAGCAGAAGAGCUCUCUCACACAGAUUCGACUUCACGCCUUUCCAACGCCGAGAGAACAACUACCAUCACCGUCGUUCCCGCGAGAAACCCACCGGCGAUGAGAUCGAUCCUCGUUACGGAGUGGAGAAACGCCGUGUUCCCUCCGGACCUAAUCCGUUGCACCAUUGA